CCGCCAUUUUGGGUUCUUCAUCAGGUUGUGAAAAGUUCUUCAUCAGGUUGUGAAAAGAAAAGCAAAAUUGACUUUCUGAUAAUUCUGUGGAAAACGUCGACGUUCUAGCAGAACCCUAACGAAAAUCGCCUUCUCAGGCAUGCAAUGGCAAUGCAGUUCCAUUUUUCGUCUGCAUUUUUUUUGGUUUCAGGAACUAAAAUGGAGCAAUUUUGUUCAAUAAUCCAAUUGAUUAAGCGUUUGGCUUAUAAAUUUACAGCAACCGCUUAAAUUGUUUUAUCCCCCUUAUGGGGAGUAUUAAGCCCUUGCCGGUGGAUGUUCGUAAUUUGAUGCGUUCUGGGAUUAUAUUGUUUGACUUGACACGGGUGGUCGAAGAGCUGGUUUUUAACAGUUUGGAUGCUGGUGCUACUAAGGUAUCGGUCUAUGUGGGUGUUGGCACCUGCUAUGUAAAAGUAGUGGAUGAUGGAUGUGGCAUCUCUCGGGAUGGAUUGGUUUUGUUGGGGGAAAGACAUGUGACAUCAAAACUUCAUCAUCUAGCUGAUAUGCAUGCUGCUAAAAGGAGUUUUGGCUUCCGGGGAGAAGCAUUGGCUUCUAUUUCUGAUGUCUCCUUGUUAGAAAUUAUAUCAAAAGCUCGUGGGAGGCCAAAUGGAUAUCGUAAAGUUCUGAAGGGAUCAAAAAGUUUGUAUCUUGGAGUCAAUGAAGAUCGGAAAGAUGUUGGCACAACAGUUGUUGUUCGUGAUUUAUUUUACAACCAACCUGUUCGGAGAAAGUAUUUGCAAUCAAGCAUCAAGAAGGUUUUGGACUCGGUUAAAAAAUGUGUUCUUCGGAUUGCACUUGUGCAUUCAACAGUUUGCUUCAAAGUUGUUGAUAUCGAAAGCGAGAAUGAGCUUCUAUGUACACGUCCUUCUUCUGCAUUGUCACUAUUGAUGAGUCACUUUGGCUUCAAUGAUUCCAGCUUUCUUCGUGAAUUGAACUUUAGUGAUAGUGUAUUAAAGCUUUCUGGAUAUAUAUCCAGUCCUUGCGAUAGUUUAACUGUCAAGGCUUUCCAAUAUGUUUAUAUCAACUCACAGUUUGUCUGCAAAGGUCCAAUACACAAAUUGCUAAAUCACUUGGCCACUAGAUUUGAGUGUCUGGAUCCUUGGAAAGCUAAUAGCAUGCAUCAAAAAGGAAAGAGAUAUAAAACUCAAGCAUAUCCAGCCUAUAUUCUAAAUCUAAGUUGCCCUUUGGCUCUCUAUGAUUUAACCUUUGAGCCUUCAAAGACAUAUGUUGAAUUCAAGGAUUGGAUUCCUAUACUUAAUUUUAUUGAGAAUUGCAUUCAACAACUUUGGAUGGAAAAUAUGAACUAUGGGGAAUCCUUGGGUCAUGUAACUGAUAUAGGCAGGAAAGGUGAAACAUGGAAGGAAGAUUUUCUUGAUGCAGAUUUGUCAAAGAAUCCAAGAUGUGCAACAAAGAAGUGUGAGAUUCAAAAACACAAGUCCUCUCACCUCCAUUCGCAUUUUAAGAUGCAAAACAAAGAGGUUGACUCUAUUUAUAGUGAAGAGAGUGCCAAAAUUCAACGUCAACAGUUUUGCAUGAACAUUUCAGAAUUCAAAGAACCAGAAACUGGUAUGGAAUUUUUGUGUCAUGGUGACUACUCUAUGCAAUCAUGGAAUGGCUCCCUUUCUAAGCAUGUUUACACAGUGGCCCAAAAGAGUGACGAUCAUCUCUUGACAUCUGUUGGAAAUUCUUUAUUGCCAGAUGAUUAUUUUCUGGAAAAUAGAUUCACAGCUAGAGAAAGAUUCAACAAUCAUGAGGAGGGCAAUAUCUUGGGCUUAGAGUGGGAAAAUCAGCCCCCUAGAAUUACAUCUGUUGAAAUAAAUGAAUCUUCUGGGAGUGAAUUUUCUUUGGAAUGUCACAAAUUUGGGAAUUACUUGGAGUUUAGCAAGAACAAAGGAAAACCUUUCUUGCAGGGUUGCUCCUCACAAACAAGCCUGAUGCUUGAUAGUUCUUUGUUUUCAAGUGAAGAUCUUGAAUAUCCAAUUGAUGGUUUCAGGACCAAAAGAAGAAGGGUUUGCAUCGAUGAAAAUGUUGACAUCCUAAAGAUUGAUGCCAGUAAUGACAUACUAGAUAUAUAUCCUGGAACUUUGCAGCAGCAUGAGGCUUCAUGCUCUCAGAAGUUUCCUUCACAUUGCAUAGGAAUUGACAUGCCCGUAGAUUUUGACAGUCUGUCACGAGCUUCUACAAAUUCAUUUUCAUUGCAUGGAAAGGUUUUUGCUGAAGAGAAAGCUUGGGCUGUUGAACAGUUCCCAGAUGAUAAUGCUCAUGAAUGGAGAGCAGGAUUGUGUGAAAUGACCAAUCAUUGGCUUGAUGCAGGUAGUCAAGAGAGGGAGGGAAACCAUAGUUACAAAAUGGCAUCAAAGAGCUCUAGCAAAGAUAACUUCAUCUCAAGUACUCUGUUAGAAUUGAAGGAUUAUGCUGAUACCACUAGAGAUAUCAGCAAAUUCCUCCAAGGUCAUAAUGUAAAUGAUGAAUCAUCACUAGAACAUUCUAAUACAAAAAUUUGUAAGAUUGAUUGGUUACCCCUAGAUUUGCCUUUUAGAGGUUGCAAAAGUGAUAAAAAGUAUGAAAGUCAAGAAAAUCAAUUUGGAUGUCAAGAUUGGAAACAAGAUCAUUUUCCUAAAGAACCACCCAGAAGAAGUCGAUCGGCUCCUCCAUUUUACAGACACAAGACGAGGUUUAUUUCCCUAAGUCGUCAUUCUAUGAUGACAGAGGGGAAUGUGCAGUUCUUCCAUGAUGGCCGUACUUCUACAGAAACUGAUGACUUGAAGCAUCCACAUUUGCAGCCAAAUUAUGCAGAGGAUUCAGUGAUCUGCACUGGGCCCAAUGUGAAGAAUGGGCAAGGCAUUAUGCUGGACGUGAAAGAUAUUAAACAAGAUGAAAAUUUCAGGCACUUGCAAUAUCUCCAGUCUCAUGAUUCUCCAGUUGAAGGCCUCACGCCAGAGGAAAUUCAGUACUCAACUGAUUAUGGGACAAAAUGGCGGAAUGGCUGUUUCCAAAUUGCAAACAACAAUGCAUUGCACAAUAUUGACAAUCAGCAUAAUAUACUUGACAUCUCUUCAGGAUUCUUGCAUCUUGCUGGCAAUUCAUUGGUACCAGAAUCUUUGCAUAGGAAUUGCCUUGAGGAUGCCAAAGUUCUUCAGCAGGUGGACAAAAAAUUCAUCCCAAUUGUGGCUGGAGGGACACUUGCUGUUAUAGACCAGCAUGCUGCAGAUGAAAGGAUUAGACUGGAGGAACUUCGUCUAAAGGUAAUAUCUGGGGAGGCUAAGACAGUUACCUAUUUGGAUGCUGAAAAAGAGCUGAUCCUUCCAGAGAUGGUGUAUCAGCUGCUUCAUAGCUAUGCUGAACAAAUAAGAGAUUGGGGAUGGAUCUGCAACAUUGAAGCUCAAGCUUCUAGUAGCUUUAAGAUAAAUUUAAAUGUUCUCCACCAGCAGCCAACUGUGGUCACUCUUCUUGCGGUGCCCUGCAUUUUAGGGGUCAAUUUAUCUGACAGUGACCUUCUAGAAUUUCUUCAGCAGCUUGCUGAUACAGAUGGCUCUUCUACAAUGCCUCCAUCUGUUCUUCGCGUCCUAAAUUUUAAAGCAUGCAGAGGUGCAAUAAUGUUUGGAGAUUCGUUGCUACCAUCAGAAUGUGCACUUAUUGUUGAGGAGCUAAAGCAGACUUCACUUUGUUUUCAAUGCGCUCAUGGGCGACCAACCACUGCCCCAAUCGUCAACUUGGAGGAACUUCAUAAACAGAUAGCCAAACUUGGAGUGUUAGAUGAUGGUUCAAGUAAGUUGUGGCAUGGUCUGUGUCGGCAGGAGCUCAGUUUCGAACGCGCAGCAGAGCGAUUAAGCACAGCUAGAGGUUAGUGUUGCUGUUGAUGAGAAACUGAUAACUGCUUUUUUAGAAUCAUUUUGGUAUCUCUGUGCGGAUCUAAUUAGAUACAUUCACUGUAAAGUCAUUCUUUGUCGACUGGAGUAAUAAUCAUAGUGAAUAUGUCUGUAGAGAGGUAUUUGUUUCAUUGAUUCUGUAUAAUAAGCACAUACAUGUGGUGUGUUCAAAUCUAUUUCUUCGAUUUUCUCA